UUCAUGAAUUCUAACGUAAUACACUUUGAUCUUGUACUUUUUAGAAUUUCAAACUGAUAUUAUAUUUGGCAGAUGUGGUGGGUGACCUCCCUUAUUUUAACUCUCUGCCACUAUGUGUGUUCCUAUGAGGACAAGUUUAAAUCGUCGACAACCUUUUCCGACUACUACAUCCUUGGUGUUCCCAAAUACGAGAACGCUGUUGUCGAGUUUUACAUGUCCACGAUGUUGGUGGUACCGUUCCAGAUAGAUUUCAGAGUGAAGAAAUUUGUGCCUGAAGGGGACAGAAAAGUGUUGGUGGUCACAACUACACACGUCUUUGUGAAAAAGUUUGAGCUUGCAGUGUUUGAGAUGGAUCUGAAUGCAGAGGAACUCAAGUCCAUCGUCUGUAUAAGCCAGAAUUGGAUGCAGACGUUCAGCGUCACGAUGGUGUUCGUAGACAAAACCACAGGGUACUGGAGCGACUCCAUCCUCGCCACCCCUGUCUCCAUGUUUAACAAAGCGGCCUAUGUGCCAAAUUUUCGUCCAACAGGUUUCCAGUUCAUCGUCAUGACUGAUGGAUUUAUUUCGGAUAUAAUUGUUUCUAAUUAUAACACUCGAAUUCAUGCUUGGCUUAAUGGUGAGGAGUUUCUUAUAUUUGAUGGCUUUUGUUUUGAAACUUCUGAAACAGACCAUGCUUUUUUUAUAGGUGUUGAUCGAAGAAAAUACAGUGCAUUCGGUGUAAUUGUGGCGCCCUGUAACUUACAGAGAAGGCUAGACACAAAUAACAGCACAAAUAUCUUCAUGUCCUCCUAUGCUGGUAUGGAAGCAUCCUAUGCAGAAUAUGUAGUGUUCAGCAGGUUUGAUCCUCUUUUGGGUUCGCAGCGAACGGUCAAGGAUGAAUUGAUUAUAACGAGCCAUUGGUUUGACGAAACGAUGAUUGUCAUUAACGAACAAACUAGACACUUUUUAACCUCACGUUACUCAAUGACGAUACAAAUUAUUGAACCAAUGUAUAUCAGAGCAAGCUUUCCUCUGUAUUGUUACUAUAUCAGCAAAAAUGAAGACAGCACUUGGGGAGGAGCCGCCAGUCUUAUACUACCGAAACUGUCAUAUAUAUCAAGCUACUCAAUCAGCGUACCUUUUCCUUACAAGUCUUCCCAAUACGAGAGUUACUCGCAUCUUAUUUUCAUCGCUCGAAAUAGUAAACUUUCAAAAAUAUUAUUGAAUGAUAAUUAUAUUUUGGAAUACAAAAUACUGCUGAAAAACGUCGAAAGCAUCGGGUACCAAGUAGGGUAUGUACAAAUAUCAUCCGGGCUUCAUUAUUCCUUUUCUGAAGACGUCUCAGAUUUUGGCUUGUAUUUGUAUGGCCGUAAAGGCCGUGGGACCUACCUACACCCUGUAGGCUUCAAGGACAUUAUAAUGCAUACGCUUGACUCGCGGAGAGAAUGUUGGGAAUCAACAUCUAGACGAGAAAUGUUUGAAGGCGAUCUUGUAGAUAACGACUGUGAUGGCUAUAUCGAUGAAGAGACUCCAGGUAAGGAUUAUGAUAACGAUCAAUUAUUCUCAGAAGAUCUUAAACGGAAAAACGCAGCUCACGGAGCGUGGGGUGGGUGGGAAGGCUGGAUGUGUGAAGAUUCCUGUAGUAACAGUAACUUUACAAAAAGGAGAUAUUGCGACGAACCUGCGCCAGAAUAUGAAGGAGCUCAAUGUCAAGGUCAUAACCUUGAAACAAAAAAUUCCGUAUGCGGCACAGAUGAUUGUUUUGCAGUUGACUGUCCUGUUGGAUUCUACGGAAAGAACUGUGAACAUUCAUGUCCCAAUUGUGCUGGUGGUUGCCGGGUUGUUGACGGAUCAUGCUGGACGUGUAAACCCGGGUGGUUGGGUUCACACUGUGAUGUCGCAUGCCCACCAAUGACUUACGGUUAUCUUUGUCUACACUCUUGCAGUAAAAAAUGUAACGGUCAGGAUUGUCUUGAAAGAGUCAAUGGGAUGUGCAAAUCAAGUUUUGACGUUCUGAGUUUUAUGGCUAUCUUCUACACUGUGAUAUUUUUCACACUAGCCAUCAUGUGUUACAGUGUUGUGUGGACGAGUGAUGAUGAAGUAAAACCAGUGGAGGUUGUAACAGUCAAACGUGUGUCUUCUAAAGAGUUCGUGCUCACUACUUUAGUGCUGGAUCGUGAAGAUUAA